AUGAAGCUGCUGAAAUUCAUCUUAAUCAUCCACGUGAACUUUUUUUGUCAAGCUUUGAAAAAUGCAACCACUGAAAACAACCCGUCUGAUAUCCGUGUGAGUGGAAAGGGAAAUAACACAAAAAUCAGCAAUGACCCUUACGUCUACUCUCUUGGUAGAAAAUGCAAGUGGACACUCAGGUUGCCUAGGAACAGGAGCAGUGACAUAAUGGCACUCACAAUUGACUCUGUCAAUGGGUUGCCUGAACAGAUCUGUCAGGAUCUUAAAUGCGGCAGCGUCCAUUCUAUUAACAAAACCCGCUCACCUGGCAACAUCACCUGCUUUCAAAACUGUUCAUACCAACACGGACGUUUGGAGAACUGUUCACUGAGUGUUGGAAACUCCUGCAGUGUGAUCCAUGAAGUGGUUUGUGCACACCAGCUUGUGCGGCUGGAAGGAGGGACAGACCGCUGUGCUGGACGAGUGGAAGUAUGGAAAAAUGAGCAGUGGGGCACUGUGUGUGACGACCACUGGGACCUGAAUGAUGCUCACGUGGUGUGCGCCCAGCUCGGCUGCGGUUACGCCCUCAAUGUGACGGGCCAGGCCGGCUUAUUUCCCCCGGGGAAAGGACCCAUCUACCUGGACGAUCUGAACUGUACGGGCAACGAAGAGAACUUGUGGAGCUGCCCGGCUACACAGGAGGAGGAUCAAGACUGUGGACACAAAGAGGACGCUGGUGUCGUGUGUUCAGAGAUGCGUGCCCUCAGACUGACUGGAGGUUUGGACCGCUGCUCUGGUAAAUUGGAGGUCCAUCGUAACGGCAGCUGGUGGACAGUGUGUAAUAACUGUUGGAAUCAACAUUUGGCCUCUAUGGUGUGCUCCAUGCUGGGCUGUGGUGAUAAAGUGGAAAAGUUCACCCAAUUUAGUCCUUCACUCAGCCACAUCAACGGCUCACUGUGGUACUUUCAGUGUUAUGGAAAGGAGCGGAACCUGUGGGAGUGCAGAGAGAUCAUAAAUAAAAAACACCUGUGUGUUCUCUCAAGCGCUUCUGGUGUCAUCUGUAAUGGUUCUCUGGGGUUUCUUAACACUACCGCGGUUAAGCCAACAGUAACGCCUCAAUGGACAACUGCUGAUGGAACCACAGCCGCCGUUGCUGCUGCAGAUUUGCCUUUUGCGUCUCUGCCGCUUCUCUCCACCAUCUCCCUGUCCAUCCUGCUCCUCGUGAUUGUCAUCACAAACACGGUGCUCUGCUGCCAUUACAGGAGAAAACACGCUUUCUUACUGCAGCAGACGCGCAGCAGCCCACGAACUCCAUCUGGUCAAAGCAACAACUAUCACGAGGCUGUUAAUCUCGUCAAAGUCACCGCCAACCCGCCGGAGACUGAUGUCCCCUCCAAUCCCAGGCUUCUUUGGACCCAGCUUAGUAGUGCUGACAGCACGUCAGUAGAUACAGACUAUGAGCAGUAUGACCCAAGCAUUGACCCGUCUGUCAGUUUAUCCACCUUUCGGAAUUCUCAGCGAUACAGAACAGACGUUAAUCCUUUGAUGAGGCCUUCAGGUCUUGAGAGCCUUUGUGAAGAAGGUCCUCAGCCCUCAAAUACAAUGACAGGAGCCUUUCCAAGCUGUAAUGGUGCCUCGACAUAUCCUCAGUAUGCCAGAGUGUCAAAGAUCUCAGUGGACUCAUUUGAGUCGUCCAGCACCUCCUCCGGUGAAUGCUAUGAAAACUUGCCAAAAGAUUACGUCAACGUGACGCCUGAUCCUCUACCAUUGGAGUCGUUUGUUGGUCCUUCUGAUGCUUCAAAAUUCUCAUAUGGUCCUCUUCACUCUGGACAAACCUCAAACCUGCAGAGUUCAGAUGAUGACGAACUCUACUCGCCUGUGAGCCCCGACUGAAACUCUGUGUCUGAGGAUGACUGCACAGCAAACCGAGGGUGUGGGAGAGUGUGAGAAGAAGAAGUCGUUUUCGUAAAGGAAAGACAUCCUGUAAGAUCAAGAAAAUGUAAGACGCUUACAGCGAUCAAAGCUGGGAUGUUCAAUGUGAUUGAUUAGCUUUUUAAAGCAAGUUUU